ACCACAGCAUUAAAGCCCGUGAUGUUUUGGAUACACGGAGGGGGACUUACAGCCGGAUCAGCAUUUCAAGAGUGGUAUAACGGGAGCGCUUUGGCCACACGUGAGGUGGUGGUUGUGUCCGUCAACUAUAGGUUAGGACUGUUUGGGUUCCUAUACGGGGAUCGGGAGGACGCGCCCGGAAAUGUCGGCUUUUAUGACCAGUUAUUGGCUCUUAAAUGGGUUAAAGAAAACAUCCACUCAUUUGGCGGAGAUAGAGAUCAGAUCACCAUUUUUGGUGAGAGCGCCGGCGGGUGGUCCGUAUCAGCACACAUACUCUCUCCGUUAUCCAAAGGUUUAUUCAAAAGGGCUAUCAUUGAAAGCGGUGUCCUUAUGUUUAAUAAGGACAGGGAUAUAGUUAACACAACUGAGGCUUUAGUUAACAGUAAAACUCUUGCAAAACAAUUGAAAUGCAAUGAAACCGAGGAUUGGAUACAAUGUCUGCGAAGAGCGGACGCCAAAGAUAUAGUGAAAUACGGUUCCUCUGAUAUUGACUUAAUGUCUGGUAUAACACACGAUGAGGGAUCAAUGUUUGCAAACAUGGUAGUCAAAGACCCGGAGCAUAUGACACUCACCGACUUUCAUAGCGGGGUAAAAGCGCUCGAGUCGUACCGCUAUUUCAACGUUGAUUUUCCGAAAGUAACCGAACAUUACCUGAAAGGUGUCAACACUAGUAGUCCGGCGGCACUUCUCACGGCAUUUAUCGCACUUUAUAGCGAUAUAUCAAUCAUAUGUCCGACAUAUCUAUUCGCCAAACGGUUCGCACAAACUGUUAAAGAGUCGCAAAGCGUUUACUUUUACGAGUUGUUGUAUAAAAGCGAGUGGUUUGCCAAACAAGCGGGUUGUAGUGCGACCAUGGGUGUUUGUCAUAUGAUGGAAUUGCCAUUUGUGUUUGGUUUACCACUACUUGAUCCUAACGAUUACAGUCCCGAAGAUAUCUAUUAUAGUAAUGUUGUGAUGAAAAUGUGGACAACGUUUGCCAAAUCAGGUCACAUGGACUCUGAUUGGCCGCAACUGUUAAACGAUGAGCCGAUGGGUGCGCCCAAAGUCCACGGUUUGGACCCAAAGGACUUACAGCUCGUACUGAAGGAUCCGUUUCAUACAACCUGUGAUGGCUUAUGGAGUGAAUAUUAUUUAUAAAAUUAUAAAAAUA